GGGGGCGGCGGCAGGUCUCCAGCGCGGCCGCGAUGCUGAGCUCCCGAGCCCAGGCGGCGAUGACCGCGGCCGACAGGGCCAUCCAGCGCUUCCUGCGGACCGGAGCGGCAGUCAGAUAUAAAGUCAUGAAGAACUGGGGUGUCAUCGGGGGGAUUGCUGCUGCUCUUGCCGCGGGAAUCUAUGUGAUUUGGGGUCCCAUUACAGAAAGAAAGAAGCGUAGAAAAGGGCUGGUGCCCGGCCUGGUCAACCUGGGGAACACCUGCUUCAUGAACUCGCUGCUGCAGGGCUUAUCUGCCUGCCCCGCCUUCAUCAAGUGGCUGGAGGAGUUCACCACCCAGUACACCCGGGACCAGCAGGAGCCCCCCGCACACCAGUAUCUAUCCUUAACCCUGCUGCACCUGCUCAAAGCUCUGUCCUGCCAAGAAGUUACCGACGAUGAGGUCUUAGACGCAAGCUGCUUGCUGGAUGUCCUGAGAAUGUACAGAUGGCAGAUCUCCUCAUUUGAAGAACAGGAUGCCCACGAGUUAUUCCACGUCAUUACCUCGUCGCUGGAAGAUGAGCGGGACCGGCAGCCCCGAGUCACACAUUUGUUUGACGUGCAUUCCCUGGAGCAGCAGCCAGAGAUAACUCCUAAACAGAUAACGUGCCGCACGAGAGGGUCGCCUCACCCCACGUCCAAUCACUGGAAAUCCCAGCAUCCGUUCCAUGGAAGACUUACGAGCAACAUGGUCUGCAAGCACUGUGAGCACCAGAGUCCUGUUCGAUUCGAUACCUUCGAUAGCCUUUCACUGAGUAUCCCAGCUGCCACGUGGGGGCACCCGCUGACCCUGGACCACUGCCUUCACCACUUUAUCUCAUCAGAAUCAGUGCGGGAUGUCGUAUGUGACAACUGUACGCAGAUCGAAGCCAAAGGGACGUCGAAUGGGGAGAAGGUGGAACACCAGAGGACCACCUUCGUCAAGCAGCUGAAACUAGGGAAGCUCCCUCAGUGUCUGUGCAUCCACCUCCAGCGGCUGAGCUGGUCCAGCCACGGCACGCCCCUGAAGCGCCACGAGCACGUGCAGUUCAACGAGUUCCUGAUGAUGGACAUCUACAAGUACCACCUCCUGGGCCACAGGCCCGGGCAGCACGGCCCUCAGCCCGGCGAGGGCGCGGGCCCCUCACUGGACCUGCAGGACGGGCCGGCCGCCCCCAGACCAGUUUUGAAUCAGCCAGGGGGCCCGAAAACACAAAUUUUUAUGAAUGGCGCCUGCUCCCCAUCUUUAUUGCCUACCCUGCCAGCCCCAAUGCCCUUCCCCCUCCCAGUUGUUCCUGACUACAGCUCCUCCACGUACCUCUUCCGGCUGAUGGCAGUUGUCGUCCACCACGGAGACAUGCACUCAGGACACUUCGUGACUUACCGGCGGUCCCCACCUUCGGCCAAGAACCCUCUCUCCACCAGCAACCAGUGGCUGUGGGCCUCUGAUGACACCGUCCGCAAGGCGAGCCUGCAGGAGGUGCUGUCCUCCAGUGCCUACCUGCUGUUUUACGAGCGCGUCCUUUCUGAGAUGCAGCACCAGGGCCGAGAGUACAGGUCGGAGGAGUGACCAGCCUGGCCCCGGAGCCAGAGCCACGGCACUGUCCACGCAGGCCAGGAUCAAGGCAAGAUCAGACCGUGUGCAGGUGGCCCCAUCAGAGUCCUCAGCCUUCUGCUGUGUCCUGAGAGCAGGCUCCGCGCAGGAGCUGGUGGGCCCAGCUCCACCCAGAUCAGGCUCCCUGGACGGUGCACGCCGAUGGCGUCCCUGGGCCGGGACGGCAUCCAUUCUGUCUAGAAUGUCUUUUUACUCACCUGCUAAUUAAAAGAAAGCCAGCUCCGGAAGCCACCGUUUUUAUAUUUGGCCACGUUAGGCUUUCUCAGAGGGGAGUUAACUGUCUAAUCCUCCGAUGGCUUUUAGCCCAGAUCUUUUAUUUUUCAUAAGCAGGCCCCUAACAAUCGUUCACAAGAAUUGGUGAAAUUUUUAAAGGCAACAAUUUAGAAGAAAAAGUGCCUUUCCCUUUCGAUUGCUUUUGUAGCAUGUCCAUUUGGGAAAAUACACAUUGUCCACAAGCCCCGUAACCAACCUGUGAAGAGCUCUAUUCCUUCCGAGUUUCUUGACGGAGAGCAACAGGACAGGUAGCAGACGCCUGAACAACACCCACCUUCUCUCUCCGUGGGUCUUUUCUAAUCUUCGGAUUCUUUGUAUGUAGUAAAAGCGCACCUACCAGGCCUGUCCCUGGGAAUUCUUCCCCCGCUCAGCUAAUUGUGAGUGAGCUCCCUGGUCGCCCACAACUCCCUGCUUACCGGACCACCGAGAUGCGAUUACGGUACAUCCUAAAACUGUGUGAUUGCCGGCUUGAGGCAGCCUCCAUGCCAGUACCUGCACUUUCUCUGCUCUGGACAGAGCUCCGCCGUGGACGGUUAUUCCUAACUCUGUUAGGAGCCCAUGCAGAGCUCCCCAGGUUUAUAGGUGGAGCUGGGGCUGUGGAAAAGCACAGUCCUAGCCUUGACUUGAGAGCCGGGUUCAGAAGGAAGGGCACUGACCGUGGGGCUCAAUUUCCUCUUUGAGCCUCAGUUUCCUCAUUUGUAAAGCGUACGGUUAAGACUCAAUGAACAUCAAAACCCCAACCUUUUCCACAAAAAAAGAAACUUCAGUUUUUAAAAAACAUAUCAUUACAAUUGAUCAUCUGCUAUUGUCAUUUUAUUGCAGGUCCAUAUUCUAAACUUAUCAGUUUCUAGUAGCCCCAUACAAAGACUGUAUUGAGCAUUCUCUUCCCUCUUUGGAUAAGUGUCAUGAAUGCCACCCAGGACCACAGGAGGUUUGAGGACACAGUAGUAUCUGUUUCAGCUAGGUUUUUUUAUU